AUGUCGGCAGCGGGUUCAGCAGUUGCCAUGAUAGGGGCUAAUCUCCGCUUCGGAUCAUCUGGGGCAAACAAUGCAACAAUUCUUAACAACACAAGACAUUGCCCGCCAGGUGGAGCCGCUAGUGCUGCGGCGCUUUUAGCGCUAUCAGGUCUAGGCAUCUCGGCGAACAUCGCACUUAUGACUGUCAUACUCAGUAAAAAGCAAUUGAGGAGGUGGUCACACGGUCUUCUUUUUCACCAAGCAGUAGUUGACUGUGCUCGCGCUGCUAUACUUUUACCUCUAGGCAUUGCUGUGUUUCGUUGCCAACCCGUAUAUAAAUGUUCAUUGGUAGAAACAGCUUUCUUGUUACUUGUAACCGUCUCAACAGUGAAUAUGUUGACGACAGUUCUAAACGAUAGUCCAAUAUUUCCAGAAAAUGAAGAAGAGCAAGCCGAUCUAUCUGCCCCACUACUCAUGGAUAGCCCUCAAUGUGUCCUUUUUGGAACAUUUAUGAUAUGGUUUGCCUCAAUCACCAUCAACCUUGGACCGACAUUCUUAUCUGGAGCCUUAGCAGCAAGUGCAGGAUCCUAUGGUUCCUACGGGCCAUCACCAUCGUGCCCAUUGGUGCGAGGGCCCUUCAGGCAUUACGUAUUGAACGCUCUUUGGAUUGGCGUCAACGCUGUUUGUGUUGGUCUUACCUUAUUUCAUCUGAGGAAACUUCACCGAGACCUUACGAAGGCUAACGUAGAAGCUGUACGAGUAGCUGGUUUAGUGACCACGCUUGUCAGCAUGGCUGGAGACAACAGGCGCAUGGAUUCACUACCAAACAGCGUCGGACCAAGAACCGUAGACGGGGCAAUGGCUGAUGGGCAGUGUGGUCCCACGGGAAGCGCCAAUUUGCCGCUUGGUGGUGGACGUCGCCUCCGGGGUUACCUCGCGCGGGUAGAGAGGGAAGGUGUACGGCGCGUUCGCAUGUUCCUUGUUAUAACCGCCGCAUACGUCCUCUUCUGGGGUCCUCUGUUUAUUAUAACUUUGCUGCAUCACCCCGCCCUGACGUCUCACGUAGCUUACGAAAUGUAUUUCCAAAUAACACUGCACAUCUCAUACGUCCACGCAGCGGUAAAUCCCCUUCUAUUUAUGGCUCUACAUAGAGCACUACGCCGAGCAGCUUUACAGCUGUGUUGCGGAUGCUGCGUCCAUUGGAGCCAGUUUGUCCUCGCUUUAACUGCCGCAGCGCAAUCGCCACUCGCCCCCGCAUCGUUCUCCCCCGCGGCCGCGUCUCCGGAGCCCCCUCCCGCCCCUCCCCCGCCACUGGUGCCGCCAGCGCCGCCAUCUUCGCACACCGCGCCCUCUGCGCCACACACGAUGAUGAAUUGGGAAGUUGGGGAGUAUGAUGCCGAGAGUAUGUCGAGUGCGCGUGUGCAGGGAGACGAGAAUAUGAUGGAGUGGAGUGGCAGCGUACGGUGCCAGGGGCGCUCGCCGCCGUCCUCGCGUUCGCCAAGCCCGUUGCUGCCAGCAAUA